CAGCUGGGGCCCCGGGGGCGGCGCGCUGCGGGCUGCGGCCGGCCCGGCCUCCUCCCGCGUCCUUCGGACCCCGCCCUGGGCACCUCUGACCUUCCCUGCACCCCUCUCCCGAACCCCUCGCACGGCCCCCUCCAAUCAGCUUCCUGCACGCCUCCCCCUUCUCCCUGCAAACGCCCAUGCCUCCCUGUCUUCCCCACGCCGCGCUGCGCCCGCUCCGGCACCUCGCCCUGCCUUCCUCCACCCCCUCCCCCUCCUUCCUGAGACCCGUCCCUACCGGGCUCCGGCCCCCUCUCCCCUGACAGGUCUUCUGUCUAAUGGCCCCCCUGAAGCGGUCCAGGAUCCUGCACAUGGCACUGAUGGGGGCUUCCGACCCCUUGGGAGAGGCAGAAGCCAUCAAGGAGAAACCCUUUUUGCUGCGGGCAUUGCAGAUCACACUGGUGGUGUCCCUCUACUGGGUCACCUCCAUCUCCAUGGUGUUCCUUAACAAGUACCUGCUGGAUAGCCCCUCCCUACAGCUGGACACCCCCAUCUUCGUCACCUUCUACCAGUGCCUGGUGACCACGCUGCUGUGCAAGAGCCUUAGCACACUGGCUGCCUUCUGCCCUGGUGCCAUGGACUUUCCCACCCUGCGCCUGGACCUCAGGGUGGCCCGCAGCGUCCUGCCCCUGUCAGUGGUCUUCAUCGGCAUGAUCACCUUCAAUAACCUCUGCCUCAAGUAUGUCGGGGUGGCCUUCUACAACGUGGGCCGCUCACUCACCACGGUCUUCAAUGUACUGCUAUCCUACCUGCUGCUCAAGCAGACCACCUCCUUCUAUGCCUUGCUCACCUGCGGCAUCAUCAUUGGUGGCUUCUGGCUUGGUGUGGACCAGGAGGGGGCUGAGGGUACCCUGUCUUGGACAGGCACCCUCUUUGGCGUGCUAGCCAGCCUCUGCGUCUCUCUCAACGCCAUCUACACCAAGAAGGUGCUCCCGGCAGUGGAUGGCAGCAUCUGGCGCCUGACCUUCUACAACAAUGUCAACGCCUGUGUCCUCUUCCUGCCCCUGCUCCUGCUGCUGGGGGAGCUUCAGACCCUCCUCAACUUUUCCCAGCUGGGCAGUGCCCACUUCUGGGGCAUGAUGACGCUGGGUGGCCUGUUUGGCUUUGCCAUCGGCUACGUGACAGGUCUACAGAUCAAGUUCACCAGCCCCCUUACCCAUAAUGUGUCUGGCACGGCCAAAGCCUGUGCCCAAACGGUGCUGGCUGUGCUCUACUACGAGGAGACCAAGAGCUUCCUCUGGUGGACAAGCAACAUGAUGGUGCUGGGGGGCUCCUCUGCCUACACCUGGGUCAGGGGCUGGGAGAUGAAGAAGAUUCAGGAGGAGCCCAGCCCCAAAGAGGAUGAGAAGAGCAGCAUGGGGGUGUGAGCUCCUCCAGAGACCUGGGGAUGGCCCAAUAAGGGAGAAUGCCCAGGGUAAGGCCAGAAGAGCCAUGAAGGUAUCUCUCUGGUCCCUGAGAAUGUCCUCUGGAGGGAGUACUGUUUGUACUGUUUACAAACGUGAUCACAAUCAGGUGGUUGAAACGGAACCAGUGUUUUCAAGUAAUGUCAGAAAGUUGCCAAACCCAACUCAACCCCCUUUCCUGUUUCUGGGUUUUGUCCUCCCUUAGGGAGGAGGGACCCCAGGGGAACAGCCAGUUAGGUUCUCUAGAAGAACACUAGCUUUCAGGGAGUAAGAGCGCGGCACCCCUUCCUGUUCCCCUUCCAAGGGCUUCUACCUCCACGUGACCUUUGGAGUUGGGGAUGGGCCACAAUCUUUACGGGACACCAGUAAGUCUUCCCUUAUACUCAGGGGAGAUGGGGGUGUGACCCCACCACAGGCCAACUGAAGGGAUUUGGGAAACCUCAUAUCUCUGGGUCCCAGGAUGCAGUGAAGCUUUGACCCCACAAAUCAGCCUUCUAGAGGAGAGUGUGGGCUGGGCUAAGGGAGGAAACAAGACAGACCCAUGUUGUCUCUUCUCCGUGUCGAGACCAGCAGGCCCCAUGGAAGGGCACAAAGGAUCACGCGUGCCCAACCCUGGCCCAGGAACCCCAGGGACCUAUGGGAAUUGGCCUGGGAAUGGAGCACAUCAUAGGAAAGCACCCUCUCCCCACCAUCUGCACCCUGUGUUCCUAGCUUUUGAACACGGGGGAGCCAUACAGCUUUUACAGGUUGGGCAGGGUCAUUAGCACCCACCCCAAUCCCUGAUACUGAGCAGUGUCAUUCCUCAUAUCCUAAGGAGCACCUGACUCAGGUAAGCCCUCGGGGGGUGGAGCCAGGUAGCCCUCCCAGCUCCACCUUCUCAGAGCUUCAUCCCCAGGGGGCUGGUGGAGCCAGGGCCCUGGCUCUGAACUUCCCACCUCAGUGGUGCUGUGCCAUCUCCAAUCUGAUCCCUGUGCAGGCAUUGUAAGCUGACUAUGACAAAGGCCAUCAACUGACCAUUCUGCUUUAUCCCUGAAGUUAGGACUGAAAGAAACUGCUCCUCCCCUCACCAAUCCCCUGUGGCCGCAGGAUGGCCCUCAUGCCCCCAUCCCUUCUGUUGCACAUUCUGUUCCAUAGCCUGGAGGUAAUCCCUGAUGUUUUUAGCCCCUCAUAGGGAAAGGCCGGAGGGCUUGGUCUUCUAAUUCACCGAGGUUUCUAAUGAGGUUAGUAGGGUCUGAUGCCCUGAAGUGAGUGUGAAUUUUAUUAAAGGUGGGAGUAAGACAUUGUAAUGUAAACCCUGACGUUGGUGUUCUUUUCUGCAAAUUAGGUGCCUGAUUUAGCUCUGAUAGCUAAAGCAUCCACUUCAGAGAUUGCCGGCCACAGGACAGGACAGAGAGCCAAGUGGGGAGGGGGCCUGUGUUUUAAAGAUCUUGGUUGAUUUCAGUAACCGAUCGGUUGGGUCAUUUGUUUUGUUGUUGUUACUGUUUUCCUCUUCCUACACUUUAAAUUUCCACUCUGAUGUUCUGAAUCCACCAAUAAAGUGUGAGCCCACAAAAUCCUCAACCCCAAUAAAAGCAGAGCCCCAGGCCUGUGUGUGCUCUCUCAGUCUCUCUCCCUUCCCCCACACCCCCCCCACCCUCGCAUCACUGUGUGGCCCCAGGUGUGCUGUGUAGUUUCCAGAUCCUGUAAGGAAUAAACCUUUAUUUUUUUCAA